GCUAUCCAAGUAGCUGUACAAACUUCACCUCACAAUGGCGAACCCAAAUUUCGGCACGCUGUCUCAAACGCACGCCCUCACCCAGGACAGGAACAAUGGCGGUCGGGUGGAGGCCAGUGUUGCCUCUGAUCACAAUCUUUGCUCUGAUCGCUUUCGAAGAGUGGGUCUCCAUUCCUUCGUGCAAAACAGUGCCCAGCGCCGCUGACCUCGGUCAACCAACCACUGAAUCCGAAGAGGACUUGAAGGUUAUGAUGGUCGCCAACUUGCUCUUGUUGGGUUCCGAAGAUGGCUUCGUCAACCUUCAUUUCAGACACUAUUACAUGUCCAAGUUCUUUCGGAAAUCGUUCGAAAGUAUUAGGCCUGAUAUGCUGCUAGUUUUGGGAGAUGUUUCGGCAAGAGGUUCAGAGUUAACAAGAGCGAAAUGGGUUUCUGUGGCCCGCCAGUUUCAGGGACUGUUAGGCCCGUUUCUGGGUCUUCCUUAUCAUGUCAGUCUCGGUGACAGGGACAUCGGAGAUUGUAGAGGGUUGAAUUUGAAAAUGGUUAAUUGGAUCGCUGGCAAUUUCCCAGGACUGGACUCGGCGGGUUGUGGUGCCUUUGAGAUUAGUAACAUCAGCUUCGUGUCGCUCAAUGCUGUGGCUUUGCUUUGUGGGAACAAUGAUCUACGGUUUGGUGUUGAGAAAGUAGUGGAGAGAGAGAGUGUGGAUUUGCAAAUGGGAACUGAAGGCCCAACAGAAGCAAUGAAUGAGGGUGGCAAAUUCAGGGAGAUAGACCAUAAAUUUGGUUGGAGAGAUAAUAGCAUUUCAUAUGGGUCUGGUCCUGUUCUACUGCUUCACUUUCCUUUGCACCGUACAGCAGAUGGAAACUGUGGUGGGGUUGACGCUCUUGAUGAAAGUUUGAAACUUUCACGAGAGAGUUCAACUUCGCUGGAUAGUAGGGGGCUUGUUGGGACUGGGCCAUACAAGUUAUCGCACACUCUCCCACCAAAUGUUACCGAAUACAUUUUUCAGGCCCUUAGACCAAGGAUCGUUUUCAGUGCACACACCCAUGGAUUUUGUGAUCGCCUUCACUCAGAUGGAACCCGUGAGGUGACUGUUCCGGCCAUGACGUGGAAUGUGGGGGAUGACCCUGGAUUUGUUGUUGCCACUUUCCACGGGAAUAGAAGGGCAGUCAGUGUGAGCUAUUGCUCUCUUGCUAGAGAAUCUCAUGUUUUACUAGCCUAUAUAACUUUUGUAGUGCUGUUUGUGUCAACUAUGCUCGUCUCUAAACCACCUCUUUUGAUAUGUUUAAGAAGACGAUGAUUUAAUA